CUUACAUCUAAUGAUCAUGCUUUUAGACAUUGGGAUGAAUCUGGCCAGCCAUCUUUUUAUCGCGCCGGCACUUCCGAAGAUGAGUCAUCGGUAUCCGAGGCCUCCGGCAUUUGUUACCAGAGUCCUGAAUUCAGCAUUUCAAAGUGCCGAAUACCACAUUCAAACCAUUACUAUGAUAUGACUCUACAGCCGCCGGCGACCACAUCAGGGUUCGAAAUCUCAGCGAGCAAUGCAAGUUACAUUCCGUAUAAUACUUCACGAGCCCAGGAGAUUGCAUCCGAUACUUCUGAAGAACACUGCAAAGAGGUUCAGUGCAUCGAAAUAAUGGAUUUGAAUGCGAACAAGGAUGAGUUCAGUCUUUUGUUGGAUGAGGACUAUGAGUGUCUGAUACCCAAAUCCUUUAUAGCUCGAGUAAAAGAGGAUCAAGAAUUGAGUCUGAAGCAUCAAAAGAGAAAUUUUUCUUUCGGCCUUCGGAAUUUCGAAGAAAACAUUCGGAAUUUUUCUCCGAUUCGUCGUACUGAAACUGAAGCUCCUUUGGAAAUUCUUCAGAAAUCAGAAAAAUUUUCGGGUGGGGAGUGCAAAUUUCAGGAUGUGAAGGGACCUGAUAAUGACAAUAAGGUUAGCGCAAAGCAUUGUGGGGAUUCUUUUGAAGUGGACAUUCCAAGCAUUUCUAACUUUGUUGAGGGGCUGAAUAAAAUGGCUCAUGUUCAAUAUCAGAGACAAUUGACUAAGAAACGGGAGAUGCGUAAUGUUUCUCUUGAAAACAUUAAGAUUGAGAGAAUUACAAAAGACUUCACUGCAGAUACUGCAGAUCCAUCGUUGUGUUCUUCAGAAUCUCUUUCUCAGUGGGAUAUGGAAUUUGAAAAGCUACAGAAAGAGAUUAUUGAACUGUGGGACGCCUGCAAUGUCCCUCUGAUCCACAGGACUUAUUUCUUCCUGCUCUUUAAUGGCGAACCUGCUGACUCUAUUUACAUGGAAGUAGAGCGUAGGAGGCUGUCCUUUCUGAAGAAGACGAUUUCUCAAGAAAGUGGAAAUAACUUUCUUUCUUCAAGCAUAAAGAAUCUUCGACGCGAGAGAGACAUGCUUCAUAGGAGAAUGAUGAAGAAGCUCUCGUCGAAGGAAAGGGAGCAACUUUACCGCAAAUGGGGCAUCAAGUUGGCCUCCAAACAGCGUCGAAUGCAGCUGGCUCGGCGGCUAUGGACCGACACGACCGACAUCGAAGAGAUCAGAGAGAGUGCUUUGCUUGUGGCAAAGCUCAUUGAUCUCCUUGAGCCAGAGAAGGCGCUUAAGGAGAUGUUUGGGCUUAGCUUCACGCCGCAAGUGACCCAUCGUCGUUCAUUCAGUUGGAAGCAUAUUUCUUCUUUCAGAUGA